CAAAUGCCGUGCGUAACGUGCCGUCGCCUUAAGCGCGCAUUGUCCUCAGCGAGAGGUAGAAACUGGGGAGGGUGGAAAAAAGGAGAGAAGACCCAGCAGGCUGCGCUUUUCAAAGGACCCGAGGAGACUAUAAAAGUGGUGUCAUGCCCGCUGCUGCAGAGGCUCGGCUCGUUACGCGCUCACAGAGACGGAGGCAGGCAGAGCAGGGAGAGGAGGACGAGGACGCACACGCACACUCACACACUCACUGUGCGCAAGCUUUACAAACUGCAGAUCUGUGUUAGGCGAACGGGAGGCGGGGGUUUCAGGGGUGGCAUUUUCCUCUGGCGCACUCAGGAUUUAACCAAAGCAAAUUUUUACGCACGAACUAGUGCCAGAAAUCGUGUUUCAACUUAACUGCGCGUUUGCCUCUGUGGUGAAUAGGAUGCGUGUCUUCUCCUGCCGACCCGGUGCUGUUUGACAGAUUCCCCCCGAUAGCUGGAUCCGUUCACCGGUCUGUUUUCUCACCGGGGGAAGUUGGGCUCGUCAUAGAAAAAACUUUUUUCUUCUGGCCGUUUGGCCGUGGAUGCCACGGGAAUGGGACCGCGCCAACGGGAGAGCGUGUCCGCGCUUUGCAGGAAAAGUUUGCUGUGCACGGUGCUGCUGCUCUGGCUCAGCGCGGCCGUGGACGGGACCUGGAAGACGGGACUUUACAAGACCUACUCAGCAGCCUCCCACACCUCCGUCUACCAGAAAAGGAACUGGUGUCCUCAUACGGUCACCAAGACAGUGACGUGCCAGGUGCAGAACGGGACAAUUCUCCAGCGAGUCUACCAGACAUGCCGCUGGCCACAGGGAUGUACAGGAGGGAGCUACAGGACCGUUGUCAGACCUUCCUACAAAGUUGUGUACCGCACAGUGACCUCUCUGGAGUGGAAAUGCUGUCCAGGAUUCAGCGGCGCUGCCUGUGAAGAAGAUGCAGGGAACCAGCUUGUUGCUCAGGAGGCUGUGAGGAAACCAUCGACGCUACGCCGGCCGCCUGCACGCACAGCAGAACCAACCUCUAGCUGUCUGAACUGCAGCAGAAUCACAGCUCUGAGUGACAGGCUGAACUCAGUGGAAGCGAAGGUCCAAUUACUCACUGCCCCAUCCUCCAUAUCGCAUCGCCACCCUCAGGGUAAAGGAGAAACUGCACCAGAGGCCUCAUCCCUAAUUGGGGUUGUGCCCGCUCAGGGGGCUCCUGGUGAGCAGGGACCUGCAGGUCCUCAGGGUGAAAAGGGGAGAGAUGGGUUUCCUGGCAGAGAUGGGAAGUUAGGGUCUCGGGGGCUGCCAGGUCCCAGUGGGCCUCGGGGGGAGGCCGGGGCAAGGGGCCCAUCUGGAGCCCCUGGAUCAAAGGGAUCCCACGGAGCAGCAGGUCCCCGUGGUCCAUCAGGAUUCCCAGGAGACAGGGGUCUACCAGGGCCGCCUGGGCCUCCGGGGCCUCCAGCACCAGCCAGUGCCCACAUCCCAGAGCCAGACAACGCUCGCAGAAAAGACCUCUUCUACACCAACACGUUUCAUGACUCACAAGGGUCGCCCGUUCCAGGACCUCAGGGCCCCCCCGGUCCUGUCGGUCCCUCAGGUCCCAAAGGCCCAGUAGGACCUCCUGGUCCAUCAGGACAGAAUGGUAAAUCUGGAGCUGCUGGAACACAGGGCCCCGUGGGGCCAAAAGGAGAGCGUGGGGAGAGAGGUCCUUUAGGUUACCCAGGAGAGAGGGGCUUCAGAGGCGAGUCGGGAACACCAGGUCCUAAAGGAGAGCCAGGAGAGAAGGGCUUGCCGGACGUUAGCUUGCAGAUGUUCCACGACUUGCAGGCAGACCUUGAGCUUCUGGCUCGCAGGGUGACACUGCUGGAGGCUAUCAUCUGGCCAGAGCCUGAUCUAGGGUCUGGGGAUGGACCGUUUGGCACAGCCUCCCCUAGUUUCUACAGAGAUAAACGAGCAGGUGCGCUUCCAUAUCGACUCGCUUCUCCUCUGUCCUCCGACACCAAGGUUCGAGGGAAGUAGCCCCCACCCCCCCGCUCACCCUGAGGAUCACGGGCUGGGUUGAAUUCCCCCUCCUAUAGGUCUCAUCGGCACUCAACAGAUUUAGACCGUAUCUGAUACCGUCAGAUUUAGGAUGGGGGGGGGACACCUCAGGGAAACUCCACUGAUACUCCACAAUACUCCUCCUCUAUCGGGAACUGGAGAACUAGCUUGACCCCCCACCCACCCACCUGUUGCCAUAACUACACUCUUUAUCUAUACAAAAUACACCCAGCAGCCCCCUCUCGGUGUCUCAUUUUCUUUGGCUACAGAACUGAAGCCUCAGAUCAUGUUUGAAAAGGAAAAUCUGAUGUGCUCCUCGAGUACACAGUUCUGGACAAUAAGGGUCAUUUAGAGUAAUAAUUUGAAGGAGGAAUCAGAUGUGAGCAAAGAGACUGGAUUUGAGUUUCUAAUGCUUUCUCUAUGUAACUGCAACCUGACGAGAUUCCAUUAUUUAAGUGUAUUGAGCAUGUGCAGUUUGCAGGACACAAUUACAUAAACAAACCUCUUCUUCUAGUAUUAGUUUUUGUUAUACUUCUAUCAUAUUGUUUAACUCAAUGUUAUGUAGUGCACUAAAAAAUGAAGUCAUCUCUACUCUAACUGAGAUACAUGUUGCUGACAGUGAUUUGUGGUUUUCUGGUGUGAGUGUUUUUCCCCCUUGAAGUCCACACUGAUGAAGUGGAUCAAUAAACAAUAAUAUAUUUGCAUUUAAUCUUUGCAAAUGCACAAAUGUUAGCAUUUGAAUUUGGCUGCAUAUCAAUUGAAACGAUCAUGAUGUUGCAUUCUGACUGUCCAUUUCACCAUCUUUUAACACACACAAGAAAAUAGCAAAUCUGUUACUGGAACUUGAACCUGUUUUUACCACUACUGUGUUGGUAAACUGCUUAAACUGUCCUGAUGAAAAGACUUGAUAAUUGUUUUUUCAUCUUAUAUCAAACUUAUUGUGAAACUAUUUAAAUAAUGAUCAUUUGUAGUUUAUUUUGUAUACUGUUGUGUAACCAUUUCAUAUUUUUGAACUUUAUUUUCAUGCAAAUGUGUUAUUGUGUUAAGAUAAUCCUGUCUAGAUGAUCGGUGUAAUAAAAUAAUGUUCAUUGUU